GUGCAUUCUGGGAAAGGGGUUGUUGAUGAGUGAGAUACACACACGCACGCACGCACACACACACGCACUAACCCGACUGAGAAAAUGAACUGAAUCAAUCAAAAAGUGUGUAUUAUUGUUGUCACUGGCAAUUUGUUAUCUUGGGGUGUGUGUGUGUGUGUGUGUGUGUGUGUGUGUGUGUGUGUGUGUGUGUGUGUGUGUUUACACACUCCACCCAUGAAGAAGAAACUGGAUCCACAUACUCUGGUUAAUCACUACAGGAUAUGGCUGGUUUGAGAAUACACACACACACACACACACACACACACACACACACACACACACACUCGUUCAUUAUAUCUCUCUGUUAAUCACAUGUCUAUGUCUUCCCCCCCUGUCUCUCGCUCUCUCUCUCUCUCUCUCUCUCUUUCUUCUGCUUUGUCUGUACAGUGCACACUUGGUGUGUGUGUGUGUGUGUGUGUGUGAGGACGGUGUGACUAGUUCUUUAGUUAUUACACCUGUUGUAAAUCUGCUUCCUUUUACUUUGUUUUCCUUUUUAUGAUUAACCCUAUAAAUAAAUAAAUAAAUAAAUAUGUAUGUAUGAAUAAAUAUAUAACUAUAUUAUUAUUAACAGCUGUGUGGGCACUUUGUGUGUGUGUGUGUGUGUGUGUGUUCACUUUUGUGACGUUGUAUAUCUAUAUACCAUGAGGUGAAGAAUAAAACCUGUAACAUUUCAUUACCAUCACUGACCACAAGGUGGCGCGUUAGACCUGCUCACAAGAAUUAAAGGGACUGACAUAGAGAUUAGAUAAGAUUAGGAUAGACACACACACACACACACACACACACACACACACACUUAACCCUCAGCUGUAUACCUGAGAUAAGGGCAUCUUCUAAAUACUGGAAAAGUAAAUACCCCCCACAUCCAAUGAAACAUUCCCACUUCUUUUCUGUGUUUCCACGGCAGCACAUCAGUGGAUUUGUGUAAAGUGUAUUAAAUAUGUUGAAGGUGUAAAAAAGCAACAACUAGCAAACCAUCAUAAUGUAUUGUGAGAUAUUUUAAAGAUAUAUUUCAUAUUCCAGUCUCACUUUUUCAGAACACUGUGGAGUGAUCAGUACCUUCAGUACCUUUAGUACCUUUAGGAACAUCUUCAGUUCCUUCAGUAUCUGUAGUGUAUCCUGUCUUUAAUACACUUACACUGUUUGAUCGUGUUCCACAGGUUGUGCUAAAAAGAAAUGUUUACAUUUUUUCACAGAGUCAUCACACACACACACACACACACACACACACACACACACACACACACACACACACACACACAGUUGUAUAGAACACUGUUACUCCACCAUGACGAUGCUUCUGUACACAGACCUGGGUUCCAUGAAGAUAUUUGUUCAUGUGGGUGGAAGCUCUCGAGUGUCCUACACAGAAUCCUGACCUCCUGAACCCCCUGUGAACACCUCUGGAAUAAACUGGUUUGGGUCUCCUAGUUCGAGUAAAGGCCAAAUGCCAUCCUGCAUCCAAAGAUGUUCCAUGGAACUGUGCGCCUCCAACUUUGUGCUACAGUUUGGGGAACAACCACAUAUGCUCAGGCGUCCCAAUACUUUUGGCCAUAUUUUGGGGUGUGUGUGUGUGUGUGUGUGUGUGUGUGUGUGUGUGUGUGAGAGAUGCGAUGCUAUUUGCUCUUCUGGUUAGAUGAUAACUGCACAUUCUUGGCUCUGAAGUAAAAUCAAGUCGAAUAGAAUCUGAUGUUAAAUGAUCACUUAACCUUCUCAGAGAGAUGGAGCUUAGUGUGAGGGUGAAGGAGAUGAAGCUGGAGUGAGUUGUUCCGCAGGUGGACACGUGUGAGGGUGUGAGGAUCAGGGGUGCACAUACUUUUGAAAAUAUUAUAAAUAAUAUAAGUGAAAGUUUAGACGGAAGUGUAGUUUUUUAGGGUUUUUCCCAGUUAUUUUACUGCUUGCUGUCUUAUAAACCGCUGUGUGUGUGUGUGUGUGUGUGUGUGUGUGUGUGUGUGUGUGUGUGUGUGAAUGAGUGAGACUGCGCGCGCGCUCCACUUCUCCAGUAGCGCGCAGAAGCGUCAGGAGGCACAGAGGCGCGUCUGCUCUUUCCUUUAUAUAAUGAAAUAUCUCACACACACACACACACACACACACACACACUCCCAUCAUCAUCACGAGCCUGAAGUUCAGUGUAAAGUUGCAGAGCGGUGAUGACGGAGAAGAACGACGAGAUGGAAAAUGAAGCAGCGGAGCCGCGCGAGCUCCAAAGAUCACCCAGCACUUUGUCUAUCAACACCGGCUCCAAGCAGUUGUUGAGGUUGAAGCGUUCCUUGGCGUUCAUGCGCAGUAAAAGUGUGGAGAAUUUCUUCCAGCGCUCCUACAGUGAUGCCCGUCUGCCUACUGACAUCACAGAUGAUGCCCCGCCCCCUUCCCCGCCUCUCCAGCUGGAGUCCUCGUUGCCAGACGACAGCCUAAAACCCUCUUUAAGCCCCUCCCUUCUGGUGCAGCAGAAGCCCCGCCCUGCACAAACGCACUGCUUCCUGGAUCACGUGUUCCGUAGACCAACCAGCUGUCAGCUCUGCAAACACGUCAUCGUAGGGAAUUCUAAACAGGGUCUGCGCUGUAGGACGUGUAAAAUCUCAGCUCAUCUGUGGUGCACUGCAGAACUCUCACAGCAACCAUGCCAAGGGAAAGUCGGCAUGUUCAAGAGAAACUUCAGUACUCCCUCAAUCACCAGCAACCAUUCAGCAAGUAAAGAGGCUGAAACUACACCAGGUGUAGAGGAGAAGGUACGAGUGGACCCCGUCUAUGCCACUCUACGCUAUGGGACGUCUUUGGCCCAGUUGAGCCGAUCUAGUUUUGAGAGUGUGUGUGAGUCUCCCACCCACAGCCUGGGUGAUGGAGGGGACGAGAAGGACGAGACAGAGAUGGAGCUGGAGAUGGAGGAACGAGUUAACAGUGACACAGAAAAUGCAGAUCUCCCGAAUCCAGACACCACAAAGAUUGAAGCGGAGAAAGUGAUCAAUGUUCCCAGAUUUCAUUCCAUUCACACGUACGUGGCUCUGUACAAGUUUCUGCCUCAAGAACAGAACGACCUGGAGCUACGUCCUGGAGACCGUGUGCAGGUGACGGAUGACUCUAAUGAAGAGUGGUGGAAGGGGAAAAGUGGAGACAGAGUGGGUUUCUUUCCUGCAAAUUUUGUACAGAGAGUGCGUCCAGGUGAAAGUGUGUGGAGAGUCACACAGGGUACUAAUGGCAACAGACAGAUUGGUCACAUGACUGUUAAAGAAGAUCAGAUCUGUGUGGGGAAAAAGGAAGACAGUGAUGGAUAUAUGAAGCUGUGCAGUGGGAAGAAGCGAGGUUUGGUGCCCACACACUCUCUGGAGGAAAUUUAACACACAUCACACACUCGGUACUGAGCUCAUAAAACCCCUUCCACCCCAUCCCCCCCUCCAGUGGGAUAAAAAUACAGAACUGUGGCGAGACAGUGAAGUGAAGUGAGCGUCUGAGACGUUCUGAGACGAGGACGAGGCUGAAAGAUUUGACUUUAUGGAGUGGACUGUUGUAAUCUAAUACAGAUGUGUGUAACCAAA